UGAUCCACAAAAGAUUGCCCGUCUUUGAACAAUCCUCUUGUUUGUAAUUGUCGCCCUGCCCUGCAAAAGCGACGACUACCAGGAACCAUCCCAUCCAGCAUCAUCAUUCAAACAGCACAACACUCGGACCAUCCCAUCAUCACAUCAAUUUCCCUCUUCGUCCUGGCCCGUCCUGUCCUGACGAUCUUGUCGACUCGGGGACGCUGCACUCUCCCACCAUCACUCGGACGACCUCGCACGCUUGCUCUGGCCUUGAAACACCGCCGGAUUAUCCUUGAGCGGCUCCGCUUCUAGUCGCAUAGGGGUCUCCUUCAUCGUCCAUUGACAGCCGCAUCCCGCCCUCCCAAGGAAUAAUCUCCAUCGAUCGACAUCUCCAUCAUCACCUUGGAUCUCUUCGGCCUGUCGGAUCCCUGCCCGCCUUUAAGCAUCCCGAACACUUAAGCACGCUGAUCCCGCACAUCUUUCCUGCGCCCGGAUCGUCCAGUUCUCCACGUUUCUGAAACCCGAACAUCUUCAGGCGUGGAUCUUCACCUACUUGCCAUACCGACCGAGACAUCACUUCUUUAUCCUUGCUUCACCCAUCCUACACAUUCAUCCAUAAUGGCAACCAUGGCCGUCGACAACCGCCAACAAUUCAGCAGCAUGGGUGGCUACGACGCAAAGUUCUACCCGCACCCGCCGCAGUUCACGAAUCCUUGGACGUCUGGGGCUUCCAACCCAAGUCAAAUGUACGCGACAUCCAUGCCACAUACAUCAGGUGGCAGCGAUGCGCGGUACGUCCAGGCGCCCAAUGUUUCUGCUGCAUACGGUGGUAGCAUCCCAGCUCCCGCUAUGGCAUCAGGUAUAGAUCUACUGGACCCAGCCCUCUACAACAGCGAUCAGGUCGGCUUACAAGUCACUCAAGAUGGAAUGAGCGCUCCCCGCCCGUACGGUGCGCCGUACUCAUCCGCGGCUAGCACCGCGGGCUCAUAUGCGCCCGCACCGGCACCCCACCAAUACCCUCCCACAUACGGCUAUCAAGGAGACAGGCGCGCUUCGCACCCGUCAGUAACUUCCACCAUGCUUCUGGGCGACCCGAUCGCGAUCCAGAAGAUCCGCCAGAGCUCAAUGAUUGACUUUUCCGACAGACUGAACAAUGCCUCAGAAGCUGAGCGACAAAGCUUCAGUGACGCUCUGGACGCCAGCCGCGGCAUGGUCGCCAUGAGCCAGUCCGACAUUACUCCCAGGAAUAUCUCCGUCAGCGAGGCAUCAGUAGGAGACUACAGCUCCGCCGGCGAAUCCGUCGACAUGCCAAGCUCGCGCACUCUUCCACGACCGCACGGUCUUGUCGGAGGAACCAUGCCUCCAGCGCCGCAGUCCAUGAUGGGACAGUUCAGCUCCAAGGUGUCGUCGAGCUCACAAAAGAAGCACAAGUGCAAGAUUUGCGAUAAGCGAUUCACACGACCGAGCUCGCUGCAAACACAUAUGUACAGCCACACCGGCGAGAAGCCAUUCGCUUGCGAUGUCGAAGGCUGCGGCCGCCAUUUCUCCGUCGUCUCCAACCUGCGAAGACAUCGCAAGGUGCACAAGGGCGAGGGCAAUGAAGGCUCAUCACCCGGAGAAGAUGACGAUUGA